AUGACUUUGGACAUAGUGGAAGGGUCUAUCUAUCGCUUCGUUAACGUACACUUUUCUGCGACACUAGAACUCGACCGUCAAGGCCAUGGCACAGUUCUUAACGAUUUCACCGGAUCUGCGUACCAGCAGUGGGAAGCUCGUCGCGGCCUAGGGGGACUGUGGAAGUUUAGAAGCGUCGCUACUGGAAACAAUCUGGGACUCGACCUCGGGAAGAUCGCCAAAAACUGUGCUCUGACCACGGAUACUCCAACCGAGUUCCUAUGGAAAGUGAAUCGCAUCGAGUUUGAGGGGAGACAGUGCCUUCAGUUUAUCGUCCCAAAUACGGCGUAUGUUCUUGAUGCAUCGUCUCCACAUGAUAUAGGUGGUGUGUUCCCAUACAAUACGGUCUACGUCUAUGAGAACUGGUUCUCGGGGAACCAGAUGUGGUAUCUCGACGAUAAUGUGACUCCCCAGCCGCCCUGUGUGGUUGGAUGCACCUAUAAAAUCUCUAGCUCCAACGGUAGUAGCGUUGCUCAUCUGGAAGAUGAUACAGGAAAAGUUUCUGGGUUUCGAUAUAAUGAAGGGCGAAAUCAACUGUGGGAAGCCGUUCCUUUCGAGAACGAGACCUAUUUAUGGGCCUUCAAGAACGUGUUCAACGGUCUCUACCUGGGCAUUGACUCAGAUUCGGAGGUGGCCAAAGAGAGGACUAGAGUCGUCGGCUCCCCCACUCCAUUCUUUUGGUAUAUCGCUCCAGACUCUAUCAUUGGGGACGCAGUAAGGAUCCUUGUCCCGUAUACGACAUUGGUUCUCGAUUUGAGCCAGCACGACUCGGCGCCUGGCACUGUCAUCCACCUCUACCGGCGUGCAGACUCUCAUCAACACUGGAAGUUUGAGCAUGUUGGCACUGCAGAACGUCCUUUCGGGGAUACUUUGAUUUUGGGUCCCAGGGAUCCUGGUGGAGCAAGUCAUGCGGAGACAAAGUAA